UCUCCGACUCGCCGUUGCCUAUAAUAUGAGCUCAUGCUCAUCAGCGCGCCGCCACGCCGGGUGCUAGCUAGCCACAGAGACAAGCCACGCGAUGGCCACAUCUUCCUCGACCCACCAUCGCCGGACUCGCCUUAUUGGGCAGGCCCAGCAGCCUCCGGAGCCGGUGGGCAAUGGCGAGGAGGAGGAGGAGGCGAGGGACUGGGCGGAGCUGCCGGUGGACGCGCUGCUGGCCGUGCUCCGCCGGCUGGACGCCGUCGACAUCCUUACGGGGGCCGGCCACGUGUGCCGGCCGUGGCGCCGCGCGACGCGGGAGGAGCCCGAGCUGUGGCGCCGCGUCGACAUGCGCCGCCGCGCCGACCUGCCCUAUGACAACGUCGACCUCCAGGUGGCGGCGCGGGCUGCCGUGAGUCGCGGCGCGGGCCGGUGCGAGGCCUUCUGGGCUGAGGCCUUCGGGGACGACGACUUCUUCCUCUUCCUGGCCGACGCAGCGCCGAUGCUGAAGAGUCUCCGGCUCAUCUCUUGCAACGGAAUUUUGCCGCACAGGAUGAACGAGGUGAUCAGGAAGCUUCCAUUGCUAGAGGAGCUCGAGCUCUCGCACUACCACCAGGGCUCCAUCACCACCUGCCUCACUGGCGUCGGCGCAGCGUGCCCGCUCCUGACGAGCCUCCGGCUGAGCCACGACCGCUUCUACUACUUCAGGCCGGGCGUCACCGGCGGCAGCGAGGCCGCGGAGAUCGCUGCGAUGCCCGGGCUGCGCUCCCUGGAGCUCUUCGCCAACAGCCUCGGCAACGGCGACCUCGCGGCCAUCCUCGACGGCUGCCGGCGGCUCGAGCACCUCGACAUCCGGCACUGUUUCAACGUCACGAUGGACGGCGAGAUGAGGGCCCGGUGCGCUAGGGUGAAGACGGUAAGGAUGCCGGAGGACUCCAUGGAGGGCUACGACCUCCGGUACGCCAGCCCUGUCAGGGACUGCGUCUACUACAGCAGCGUCAUGUAUCCCGAUUUCUAGAGCGGAGCUCAUCUCAGUCUCAUCCCUGAGAAGUUAGAACGAAUAAUCCUCCCGCGUGUGAUUGGAUUUCUGGAGAGUUUACAAUAAUGGUUUGAUUUCGUGUGCGUCGUUUGAUUGAAUUUGCGUCGCUUGCCUCAUCCGUUGGCCUUAUCAAACAAGCGUAAGGUUAGUGUUAAGUUUGAAACAGGGGUGAUCUCACCCGAAUCAUUCAAACACUGAAGACCAGACCGUUCCCGCCUACAAGCCCACCAUCACGUUCCACGUUCGUGCAGUGCGUGGGCAACCAACCACAAACUGGAGUUCGUGGAUCAUGAUGGAGUUGAGCGGGAAAAAGAAAGGAGUUUGAACACCUAUUGUAAUCUAUAAAUAGGCUCCGAUGAUCAAUGAAUAAAACUGCUCAUUCACCUCUUA